UUGUCAAAAACGGAUGCACCUCCAGUGAAUAACACCGCAAUGCAUGCUGGUAUAUUGGGUAGAAGUUUACUGUUCGGCGUGUUCACACAAACUGAAGUUAUUAGACGGGCAACUCGUAUUCUUUCGUUUUUUGGAAUUAACCGUAUUCCGAGGGCGCUCUUCUCCAGCCGGAGAAGCGUUUUGACGAUGGAACAGGAAGUCGCUGCCGGAGACUCGACACCCGCGGUGUCAGAGGUUGAGAGCACGCGCGCAGCUGCAGCCAAAAACGGCAAACGCAAAAAAGACGAGGAGUCCGACGGUAACGCCGGCGGGAAGAAGCGCCGGGGAACCGGAGGAAAGACGCUCCGUCCGGGUGAGAGGUACGUCCCACCCCCGCAGAAGCGGAACCCGGGAGUGAGCUUCAGCCAGGAGCACUUCAGCGAGACGUCCUACUACUUCGAGGGCGGGCUGAGGAAGGUGUAUCCAUACUAUUUUGACUUUAAGACGUACUGCAAAGGGCGCUGGAUCGGGAAGAGCCUGCUGGAGGUGUUCAAGAGCGAGUUCAGAGCGGAGUCCGUGGAGUAUUAUCAGGAGGCGGCCAAGGAGGGUCGCAUCCGGCUCAACGAGGCGCCUGUGGAGGACCUGUCCGUGGUGCUCAAGAACAACGACCACAUGAAGAACACCGUCCAUCGCCACGAGCCUCCUGUGGUCGGCACGCCCCUGGACGUCCUGGUGGACGACGGUCAAGUCCUGGUGGUGGAUAAGCCGGCUUCCAUCCCCGUUCACCCGUGCGGCCGCUUCCGCCACAACACGGUGAUUUUUAUCCUCGGCAAAGAGCGCGGCGUUUCGGAGCUUCACACCGUCCACAGGCUGGACAGGCUGACCUCCGGAGUGCUGCUGUUCGCCCGGACGCUCGAGACAUCUAAGAAGUUGGACCAGAUGGUUAGAGACCGAGAGCUCGAGAAGGAGUACGUCUGUCGAGUGGAGGGCGAGUUCCCUGAGGGUGAGGUGGUAUGCGAGGAACCCAUCCUGGUCGUGUCCUUCAAGGUCGGCCUGUGCAGAGUCGACCCGAAAGGAAAGGAGAGCCGAACGGUUUUCCAGAGGCUCAGCUUCAACGGGAAGACGAGUGUCGUGCGUUGCCUCCCGCUGACGGGCCGCACCCACCAGAUCAGAGUUCAUCUUCAGUAUCUGGGCUUCCCCAUCAAGAAUGAUCCAAUCUACGGCUCCUCCGCCUGGGGUCCUAACCGAGGGAAAGGGGGAGUUGUGGGAAGGAGUGACGAGGAAAUUCUGCAGGCGUUGGUGGAAGAGCAUCGCUCUCAGGAAAACCAAGACUUUUUGGAUGACCACACGGGCGGGAAAGAAGCGGCCGAGAGAAACGUUACGGACACACGUCGGCAACAAGUGGAUCCUUGUGGUGAUAAGACAGAUGUGAUCACUGACGGAACCAAAGACUCAAAUAAUCCAGAGAACGGAAGCAAGAGCGCCGACGUUCCAAUAGGAAGUCGAGACCAUUUAUGCAGUGAGUGUAAAAUAGUGCGGCCAGAUCCCACGGAGAAAGAGCUGAUCAUGUACCUCCACGCUUUACGCUACAAAGGACCCGACUUUGAGUAUUCCACACGGCUGCCCGAGUGGGCCAAAGAGGACUGGGUAGAACCCUGGUGAUGCCGACUCAGCAGAAGAAGCUAAAAUUCAUUUGUAGGUUUUUCCUUUUUUGUUGGACAAUUCCUUAAAAGCAACAACAGACAAACAAUAAAGAUUGGAAAUCUUCAGAAAAA